GAAUGUUUAUUUUUCGCGGGCAAGGGGCGAAGGGAGAAAAAUGGUCAUAAUCUAAACGAACGCUAAACCCUGCAGCCUUCACUCGCAAAACCCUCACCGGUCGGCGGUGGUACCUUGGGAAUGGAGAUGACUAAUUGAUUGUUUGAUCCAUCUUCAUCUCUUUCCUUCACUCAUUCAUCAAUGUUAGCUGCUACUCGAAGAUUCUGUUCUUUCAGUAGGGUUUCCAAUCUCCUCCUAUCCAAUCGUUACAACAGUGUCAUAUUGUCAACAGAUUGUAAUUCAGAGGCUGUUUCAUGCAAUGUGGGCCAUAGAAGUAUUCAUGGUGAAUAUGUACUGCCUUCUACAUCUAAGGUUGUUGGUCCUUUCAACGGGUUGGUCCGUUGUAUGUCAACAUCGAAGGGAAGGAGUAUGCGAAGUAAGGUAGAGAGGAGAAUGAGGAAGGAGUCUGGUAAAACCCUAAGGGAGAUUCGAAGAGCUAAGAAAAUAAAGAAAAAGUUGAUGACAGAGGAAGAACGUCUCCUUUACAACCUCAAAAGAGCCAAGAAGAAAGUAGCAUUACUUUUGCAACAACUCAAGAAGUAUGAGCUACCAGAGUUGCCACCUCCUCGUCAUGACCCUGAGCUCUUGACCCCUGAACAGCUUCAAGCUUACAAGAAAAUAGGCUUUAGAAACAGAAAUUAUGUCCCAGUUGGAGUUCGUGGAGUGUUUGGAGGAGUGGUCCAGAAUAUGCAUCUCCACUGGAAGUUUCAUGAGACGGUACAAGUGUGUUGUGAUAACUUUCCCAAAGAAAAAAUCAAGGAAAUGGCAACCAUGCUUGCAAGACUUAGCGGUGGAAUUGUAGUGAAUAUACAUGACGUGAAAACAAUCAUCAUGUUUCGUGGAAGAAACUAUCGUCAACCUAAAAAUUUGAUACCAAUCAACACGCUUACUAAGAGAAAGGCAUUAUUCAAGGCCAGAUUUGAACAAGCUCUCGACUCUCAGAAGCUUAACAUAAAGAAGAUAGAACAAGAGCUCAGGCGUAAGGGUAUAAACCCGGAGGAUCCAGUUGCUAUGGCUAGCAUACAGAGAGUAGCUUCAACAUUUUUUAACGCCAUUGACAAAAAAGAAGGUACCCCAUAUGUCUUCUAUAGUGAUAAGCAGGCAGUGGCAGAAACUAAGACCAAGACUAACAUGGAAGAAGCAGAAUCUGAUAGUGAUAGUGACCAGGAAGAGUUAGACCGAUUCAUAGCUGAGAUUGAGGAUGCAGCAGACCGAGAUUGGGUUGCGGAGGAAGCAGCAGAGAAGGAAGAACUUAGCCAACUUAGGUAUAGGAAUAGAGAAGAACAUGGUGGGAGAUUCAGAAAAUCCGAUAUGCGUACAAAUAACGAUUCUGACGACGAGAUGGAUAAGCCAAGAGUUUGGAGGCAGAGAGAUAGUAAGCAAAGAUUAUACAAUAGUGAAGAGGAAGAUGGUGAUCAUGAAAACGAGGAGGAAUGGGAUUCUGAUGAUGGUCAAAAUGCUAAUAAUAGCUAUACAGAUGAUUCUGAUGGAGCUCAUCAGAUCGUCAAGGCAACUCGACGAGCUGGAGGGAGGCAUGAUUUGGCCAAAACUAGAAGUUUCGAGAGAAAUGUUGAUCCCUUUGCAAGAAGGAUGGAUAAAGAAGCUUCUGAGCCUGAAAACAUGCUCAGUGAUCUUGAAAAUACUAUGUGGCAAUCAGACGAGGAGGAAGAAGAUGACAUGAAAAUUUCAAAGAACGUGGAUCAAGAUUACAAGGACAAUGAAGAUCAUUUGCAUCACAUGAAGAAAGAUCGAAACAAUAGGCACAAUGACUAUGACAGUAGCAUCGAUGAACCUGAUGAAUCUUACAAUAAGUUUAAACAUACAUACACUAAACAAAAACAGGAUAGAAUGAGCAAAUCCAAAAGUAGGUACAACUCUGUCUCAAAAGAUACUGAUUCAGGAAAAGCAAUGUGGGAUUCAGAUGAUGAAGACGAAAAGGGGACAUUGAGACCUCAAAGAUAUGAUUACUGGAGCGGUAGUGAUGAAGAUGGUUCUCAUUGAAAGAAGAUAAAUAAACAAUCAAACGGAUGAAAUUUAUGGGAAAAAACAAACUUGGUACAACAAUCACCUUAUUGUGUGUGAGGGGAGAGGCAAUUUUUGGUAGGUUUGCUCAAAGGUACCCUAUAAGACAAACUAUUCAUCUGUACCUUAAAUAUAAUUCAUUUCUAUUUACUGUAUUUGUUUAUCACUUCUCAGUUUAUACAUUUUUGUUUCUGAAGAUUCUAAUAGUUGUUCGAGAAAA